AUGUUUUCGUUUAUAUUUUCAUUCCUAAUGUUGGCUUGCAUUGAUGGUGAAUCAUUAUUGAACUAUAAGUUGAGCGAAGGAUCAAAACGGAAAUUAGAGGAGAGUAAACCAAACAUAACUUCUUUAACAUGGGAACCAUUAAGGAUUCAUUAUGAAUUUUUGGAUAAUACAUAUGACCCUGCAUCAGUGAAAUUUUUAUAAACUGUAAUGGGAAUCACAACCACCUUCUUUUAAAAACAUUUGUUAAUUCGGAGAUCAAGUUAGAAGAUUACUUAUCAAAGUAGUUAUCCAAAAUCAAUUUUUGGAUUCACAAUUAGCAAUGAAUUACAACAGAAAGAAUAUGAUGCAGAUUUAGUAUCCUCUAUUAUUAUAAUAUAGGUAUUAUUUGUAAAUGUGGAGAAUUCGAAGUAAGAAACUUAUCUAGCAUAUUGUGGUCCUGCAGUUUUCGAUGAAGUAACGUUACGACCGAUUAUUGCUUUGGUUUCUUGGAAUAUAUAUUAUUCAAAAUUGUCAGAAAUGACUAAUUCCUUAUUUGAAAAUAAUGUUGAGACUGCAGUCCAUGAAAUCAUUCAUGGAUUAGGAUUUGUGGAUGAUUUUUUCUCUAGUUAUUACGACUCAGUCACAGGAGAAAGUUACAACACGUCUAAUAGUUAUACUGUUUCAAAAGUGAUUUACUUGUCAACCCCAAGGGUAACUAAUUUUGUUCAGUAUCAUUUUAAUUGCACUACGUUAAAAGGAUUGCAAAUGGAAAACAAUGGAGGAUCUGGGACUCAAGGCUCCCAUUUUGAAAGAACUCUCUUUUACAAUGAAAUAAUGACAGGUUCAGACAUGACAGGAAACUUCUUGAUCACAGAUUUUACUUUUGAAUUAUUUUAAGACACUGGGUAAAAAUAGAUCACUAUAUGAAGAUUCUAUCGAGUAGCUGAAUAUUCACCAGAUAAACCAUUAUGGGGGAAAAAUAAAGGAUGUGAUUUUGCAAAUUCAUAAUGCUCAGGAGGCAGCUUUUCUGAAUUCUGCUCAGUAGAUUAAGCCAAGAGCUGUUCAUUUUAUAAAUCGGGGGUUUCUAAAUGUAUGUCUGAAUAAUUAUCAGGAUCAUGCAAAUAUUAAUACAUCUACUCUAAUUAUGAUUGCAGGGAUCCUGAUAAUAUCGACUAUUGGAAAUCAUCAAGUUUAAUCUAACACUUUGGUUCUGAUAGUAUGUGUAUUUCUGGGUCAGUCUCAAAAUCAACAACAUAUUCAGACUACACUUGCAUAUAAUAUAAAUGUGAUGUAUAAAAUAAACUAUCACUUGUUGUUGAUGGAAAAGAAUUUGAUUGUUCCACUGCAGAGAGCAUUAAACUUCCUGAAACUUAUUAUGGCAGUUUAAACUGUCCUUCAAAUCCUGAAGAAUUUUGUUAAAGUGUCGAUGAAUGUCCAAAUUCUUGUAGUUCAAAAGGAUUUUGUAUGAAUACAGAGGUAUUCUACAAUAAUUAUAUUUUAGUGUAUUUGCAUGUUAGGAUACUCCUCAAAGGAUUGCAGUGUCGAAUGUGCCAAAUAUAGAUACAAGGGUUCUUGCUUAGACAAAUGUCCGGAUUCCACUUAUGUAAAUGAAAAUAUCAAGUAUUGUAUUGGAUGCCCAGCUGUAUUUAUUACUUCUAAUAAGCUUAGAAUUGUUUGGUAUGUUCAAAUUAUAAUAAAUGUACAUCAUGCAAGGCAGGAUAUGUUUUGAGAGGAGGUUUUUGUGAUAAUUAUAAGUUAAUCGAGUUACUUACAGUAAAUUUGUCGGCUUCAAAUUCAACUUCAAAUAAUACCAACACCAAUUCUACUAAUACAACUACUGAUACUAAUUCAACAAAUACAAACAACAAUAGUACUUCUAACCCUACCAAUAACUCAACAGAUACUUCUACUAACUCAACGGAUACAUCAUCUAAUUCAACUGAUACGAACUCUAAUUCAACAGAUACGAACUCUAAUUCAACAGAUACAAACUCUAAUUCAACAGACACAAAUUAAACUUCUAAUUCUACUGAUUCUGAAGAUUCUAAGAUUACUACUGUAACUAAGGAGGAAUUAAUAUAUCUAAUAAAUUCAUUUUUAUUAACAUUAUAUGUGUGA